AUGACUGUGGUGACCGGAGAUAACAUGGAUGAGACGUCCACCCUGCCGGGGCACCUGCAGGACACCUACCCACCAGACCACGAUGACCACGAAUGCUGCGAGAGGGUUGUCAUCAAUAUCUCAGGGCUGCGCUUCGAGACCCAGUUAAAAACUCUCAGCCAGUUCCCUGAGACGUUACUAGGGAACCCCAAAAAGAGAAUGCGCUACUUCGAUCCGCUUAGAAACGAGUACUUUUUUGACCGGAACCGGCCGAGUUUUGACGCUAUUCUAUAUUACUACCAGUCCGGUGGACGGUUGAGGAGGCCCGUUAACGUUCCUCUGGAUAUGUUCUCUGAGGAGAUCAAGUUUUACGAGCUCGGGGCAGAGGCAAUGGAGAAGUUUAGAGAAGACGAAGGUUUUAUUAGAGAAGAGGAAAAACCGUUACCGGAAAAAGAGUUUCAACGACAGGUCUGGCUGCUGUUUGAAUACCCGGAGAGUUCGGGACCCGCCAGAGGGAUAGCUAUAGUAUCGGUAAUGGUGAUCUUAAUUUCAAUAGUCAUAUUCUGUUUGGAGACGCUGCCAGAACUCAAAGAGGACCCCAGAGGUAGGAUGGAAACUAUAGGCAACGUGACAUUCUAUUACAAACCAAAUAUUCUCACAGAUCCUUUUUUUAUAGUGGAGACUUUGUGUAUCAUCUGGUUUUCCUUCGAGUUAAUAGUGCGGUUCUUCGCCUGCCCUAGCAAGGCAGCUUUCUUUAAAAACAUGAUGAAUACUAUAGACAUAGUAGCCAUCAUACCUUACUUCAUCACGCUGGGCACCGAGCUGGCAGAGGACCAGGAGGGGAAGGAGAAACCAAGUGAGCAGGCUGCGUCUCUGGCCAUCCUCAGGGUCAUCCGGCUGGUCAGGGUGUUUAGGAUCUUCAAGCUGUCCAGACACUCCAAGGGGCUUCAGAUAUUGGGACAAACUCUCAAAGCCAGUAUGAGAGAGUUGGGGUUGCUUAUCUUCUUCCUCUUCAUCGGAGUCAUCCUCUUCUCCAGCGCUGUCUAUUUCGCCGAGGCGGAGGAGAAGGAAUCUUUCUUCACGAGCAUCCCCGACGCCUUCUGGUGGGCUGUGGUCUCCAUGACAACAGUGGGCUACGGGGACAUGUACCCGGUGACCAUCGGGGGAAAGAUAGUGGGCUCGCUCUGUGCCAUCGCCGGAGUGCUGACCAUCGCGCUGCCGGUGCCUGUGAUCGUGUCCAACUUUAACUAUUUCUACCACCGGGAGACGGAGGGAGAGGAGCAGGCGCAGCUUCUUAACGUCAGCAACCAGGACCUUAACUCAGACAGCAACUCGUCGCGCCGCAGCUCCAACUCUAUCGCCAGCAAGUCAGAAUACAUGGAGAUAGACGAAGGCAUUAACAAUAGUAUUGAUAACUUUAGAGACGCGAAUCUCAGAACUGCUAACUGUACUUCUGUGCUCAACCAGAACUGCGUGAAUAAGGGCAAGCUGCUGACUGACGUUUAG